AUGUCCCAGACUGGUCCACAGGCGAGCCACCUGCGCCAUGAGCCCAUUGGUCUUUGCAUCCCUUGCACGAAGCCAGGGUGCAACCAUUGGUUUAAGAAUUGGUUGGGGCACACACAGCAUAUGAAUGCGAAGCACCCCAUGUUCCUACAACAACAUGGAUCGACUCAGCCAUGCAGGCCUCCUUCGCCAAGUUCUGGGCUGCCUGGCACUACCAAUUUGGGUGAUACUGGUGCUAUGGAGUUCAGCGAUGACGAAAAUCCUAUGCAACCAACGGUUGGAUUUUGCAGCGCUGGUGACCAGCUGUAUAGAAACUACCACCCUUUGUUGUCUGAUCAUCGCCACAUUUACAAGACAAUUGAUAACACUCCUCUCGGCGAUGUAAAAUGGCAAUCAUUUACUGUCAAAUAUACUGGUGAGAUUCAAGAGGAAGGCACUGCACCAUGGAUGGCGGAUAUUCACGAAGUUUGGUUCCGUGACCCCCGCGAAGUUGUUCACAACAUGCUUUCUAACCCAGAUUUUGCUGCAGAGAUAGACCUUAGACCUUACCGGGAGUUUGCGACAGAGAACGACGAGCGUCAGUGGAAAGAUUUUAUGUCUGGAGAUUGGGCUUAUAAACAAGUGGACGUGAUUUCUGAGGAUCCUGACACACAUGGUUCAAUGUUUGUGCCCGUGAUUCUUGGGAGGUUUCUUGCAAUGCCCAAAACAACCAAACAGCAUGCCAAGACAAAAGGUUUCCAAAGGUUUCAUCGCCAGCUAUUUCACUCAUCACUCUCAUAUAUCCUCAAGAGCCUGAAGCCUGGAAUGAUGACACCUAAGGUUGCACGUUUCGGGGAUGGGCACUAUCGCUGCAUCAUCUAUGGACUCAGGCCUUAUAUUGCAGACUAUGAAGAGCAAGUAUUACUUGCAUGCAUAGCCCUUGAUGAGACCACUCUCCUAUGCUCAAGAUUUCAUGCGGAUGCACUCAUCGAGGAGUGCGACUUUGAUACAUUGUGGGCAGAGUAUGGUAUAGUUGCCGUCCUCGUGAGAUACCUCUUGCAGGAGCAUGGAAAGACACAGGCUAACAUCAUUCUAGAUGAUAUUGACCGAUGGAUCGCAGUGGUUCCUCCUUUUCCCAGCCUGCAUCAGUUUCUGCAAGGACGCCACUUUAAACAAUGGACCGGUGAUGAUUCAAAGGCCCUCAUGAAGUGUAUCAAGGUGUACCUGCCAGCAAUUGAGGGUUAUGUCCCUGAAGAUGUUGUGCAUGCAUUCAGCACCUUUCUCGAGUUUUGUUAUCUCAUCCGCCACAACAUACUUACAGAAAAGUCCCUUGAGGAGAUCCAAGCUGCACUUGCUCAUUUUCACCAGUAUCACGAAGUUUUCAAGACCACUGGAACGAUUACAAUGUUUUUGCUUCCACGACAACACUCGAUGACUCACUAUGUGCAUUGUAUUCAACUCUUUGGUGCUCCGAAUGGCUUGUGCUCUUUGAUCAUGGAGUCAAAGCACAUUAAGGCAGUGAAGGAACCUUGGAGGCGGUCCAGUCAAUAUAAUGCAUUAGGUCAGAUGCUUCUGACUAACCAGCAUCUGGACAAGCUGGUGGCGUCACAGGUAGAUUUCCGCACUCAUGGAAUGCUCUCAGAUUUCUUUGUCGAUCAACUGUAUCCAGAAAUGCACCUUAUGGAAAUCCCUGAAAACAUCAUGGACUGUCCUUGUUAUGAAGGAAGGAUUUGGGUGUUCAAUUCCACGGUGUUGACAUUCUUCACACCAAGUGAUUUGAGUAGCAUGGGUGGAAUGAAACGCGAGCACAUUCGUGUGUCCCCCAAUUGGAGAAAUGGGUGUGCACGUAAAGACUGUGUAUUUGUCAUUACUGACCCAACAGCUCAUGGAAUGCAAGGCAUGGAUGUCACCCGAAUGGGCAUGUGGAUGGUCGAGCCGUCUUCCAUUGAUAAUCAUGUGCACUUUGCGGUGAUUCAUGUCAACUUGAUUUUUCGAUCCACUCAUCUUAUUCCUGUUUAUGGCACUGAAAUGCUUCCUGCAGUCAUUAAAUCCCACCACACCCUCAAUAUAUUCACCCUUUUCUAUGUGAACAAAUUCACUGACCAUCAUGCCUUCGAAAUAGCAUUUUAG